UAAAUAAAAGGCUCCAGCACAUUGCAAAGUGCAGCACAAUCCGACAUGUUAUUGAAACACAAAGACAUAGCUGGCCAGCAAGGGAAGGAAGUGAAGGCCUGGUGAAAUCAGUCAGUCUCGACAGCAGCUUCAGUCCUCCAUGCAGCAGGCCAUCAUCAGCGUGUGGGUCCGAGACCCGCGCAUCCAGAAUAAUGACUUCUGGCAUGCAUACAUGGACUAUGAAGUGUGCUUGCACACGGACAGUGUGUUCUUUACCAGGAAGACAUCGAGAGUGCGUAGGAGGUUCAGUGAGUUUGUGUGGCUCAGACAAAGGCUGCAAGCGAACUCCAUGCUGAUGGCGCAACUGCCAGACCUGCCACCCAAGAACCCCUUCUUCAGUCUGAACAAUGCCCAGCAGAUCUCAGAGCGCAUUGCGGGCCUCCAGAGGUUCUUGGAACAGAUCCUGCAGAGUCCUCUGCUGCUGUCUGACAGCUGCCUGCACCUUUUCCUGCAGUCCCAGCUCAGCGUGGCCAAGAUGGAGGAGUGUGCUGCAGGAAGGACACAUUACUCUGUGGCCCAGGCGGUCCAGUGCUGCGGAAUCAGGAGGUUUCUAUCACAAGAGGACUUACAGAAGGACUCGAGUAUGUCGGGCGACUCCGACUCAGACAGCUCAGAGUGCAGAGAUGUAGAAGGCCAGAUAAACAAAGCAUCAUCAGAUCUCAUGGAAACCAAGCAGGAGCGAAGCGUCUGCCCUUCAUCAGUUUCUCCAUGACAUCGUCCUCGUCACUUGUGGAAAUAUAUACUGUAUGUAAUUAGGAAACAAUAACUGUUACCCUGUUUUUUUUGGUAAAUGGUAAUGUUGGUAUUCUUGUGUAAAUAACAUAAUACUGAUCAGUGUCUGCAAAUACUGUACGUGUAAUGUGUUGAUUUUCUGUAAGUGUCUUCAAUUGAACAAUAAUGCAGUCUAAAACAAGUAUCAAAUCAUUACAGUUGCAUAUUACUUUUUAGGCAGAAGCGUAUUAGAAAGUAACAAAAGUGUCCACAUCUGCAUCAUGAGUUAAACGUAAUUAAUUAUUGUAGCCACAACUGGCAACAAAAACAAUACCCCACUUCAACUUAAAGACAGCGUAAGUCCAUUCCAAACGGUUAAUGAUAGUUUAGUGUUUUUAAUACCUACCAACACUUAAGGCUCUAAUAUUAGUAUUGUAUCGGAAGUUGGGUUGUACGGUAUAUACCGGUAUUAGUAUAGUACCGCGAUACUUAUGAAUCCUAUUCGGUACUAUAUAGUGAUGUCCGAUAAUAUCGGCCUGCCGAUAUUAUCGGCCGAUAAAUGCUUUAAAAUGUAAUAUUGGAAAUGAUCAGUAUGGUUUUUUUUAUUAUCGGUAUCGUUUUUUUUUUGUUUUUUUUUAAUUAAAUCAACAUAAAAAACACAA